GGAGCGACAGGUCUCGGGCCCCCAGGUGGAGCGGCGGGCGCCGGACCCCCAGGCGGAGCAACAGGCACCGAGUCACCAGGCACGAUAGUGGGCUCCGAGUCAACUGGCAUGACCACGGGCACUGGGUCAGACAUUGGAUCAUCUGGCUGGACAGCGGGCAUCGGGUCACCAGGCAUCCGGUCAUUUGGCUCGACAGCGGGCACCGCGUCAUCUGGCAAGGCAGUGGGCACCAAGUCACCAGGCACGACAGUGGGCUCUGAGUCAAUUGGCACGACAGCGGGCACCGGGUCAUCAGGCACGACAGUGGGCUCUGAGUCAAUUGGCACGACAGCGGGCACCGGGUCAUCAGGUACCGGAUCGUCUGGCUCGACAGAAGGC